AAAUCAUUAGUCAAAGAGAGCAUUGGAAAGACUUGCGCAAGUCAAAUUAAGCAACUGAGUUUCGUUUUUUUGCUUUUUGAACAGAGCCAAAGAAGCCAUAUCAGGAUAACCUAUAAACUACCACACAAACUCCUAACAAAAAAAAAAAGAAGUAAUGAUGAUUCCAAGCCAAUCUUGCUUCUGUUUUUUCUUCAUGGUUUCAUUCUUUCUACACACUCUUGCUUCUCCUACGCUUCGCCAUUGCCGCCAUGACCAAAGGAAUGCUCUUCUGGAGUUCAAACACGAGUUUCCGCGGGUAAAUGAAUCCAACCAAAUUCCUUAUGAUGUAUCGUUAAGUUCAUGGAACAAGAGCAUUGAUUGUUGUUCUUGGGAGGGUGUCACGUGCGAUGCUAUAUCUAGCGAGGUGAUUUCACUUAACCUUAGUCAUGUUCCUCUUAAUAACUCAUUGAAACCAAAUAGUGGUCUUUUCAAACUUCAACAUCUUCAUAACUUAACCCUUAGUAAUUGUAGUCUCUAUGGAGAUAUUCCUUCUUCAUUAGGAAACCUUUUUCGUCUCACACUUCUUGACCUUUCGUAUAAUUAUUUAGUUGGUCAAGUUCCACCUUCUAUAGGAAACCUUUCUCGACUCACAAUUCUUGACCUUUGGGAUAAUAAGUUAGUAGGUCAACUUCCAGCUUCAAUAGGAAACCUAACCCAACUAGAAUACUUGAUCUUUUCACACAACAAAUUCAGUGGCAAUAUUCCUGUUACAUUCUCCAAUUUAACAAAACUGCUCGUUGUCAACCUCUAUAAUAAUUCCUUCGAAUCCAUGCUCCCACUUGACAUGAGUGGAUUCCAAAACUUGGACUAUUUUAAUGUUGGUGAAAACUCAUUUUCCGGGACUUUGCCUAAAUCUUUGUUCACAAUUCCUUCAUUACGUUGGGCUAAUUUAGAGGGAAACAUGUUCAAGGGACCUAUAGAGUUUAGGAAUAUGUAUUCACCAUCUACUAGGCUUCAAUAUCUAUUUCUUUCUCAAAACAAAUUUGAUGGCCCAAUCCCUGAUACUCUAUCCCAAUAUCUCAAUCUCAUAGAGUUAGAUCUUAGUUUCAACAAUCUAACUGGAUCUUUCCCUACGUUCUUGUUCACAAUUCCCACGUUAGAAAGGGUUAACUUAGAGGGAAACCAUCUCAAGGGACCUGUAGAGUUUGGAAACAUGUCUUCAUCGUCUAGUCUCAAGUUUCUAAACUUUGCUCAAAACGAAUUCAAUGGCUCGAUCCCCGAAUCUGUAUCUCAGUAUCUCAAUCUUGAAGAGCUACAUCUUAGUUUCAACAAUUUCAUUGGUACAAUCCCAAGAUCUAUAUCAAAGUUAGCCAAACUUGAAUAUUUUUGUCUUGAAGACAAUAAUAUGGUAGGUGAAGUACCAAGUUGGCUAUGGAGAUUGACAAUGGUGGCACUUUCUAACAAUUCUUUCAACAGUUUUGGAGAAUCAUCAGAAGGUCUUGAUGAAACACAAGUUCAGUGGUUGGAUCUUAGUUCAAAUUCAUUUCAAGGACCAUUUCCUCAUUGGAUAUGCAAGCUUAGAUCGUUGGAGAUCUUAAUUAUGUCCGAUAAUCGCUUCAACGGCUCAAUUCCUCCAUGUUUAAGCAGCUUCAUGGUUUCUCUUACAGAUUUAAUUCUACGUAACAACAGUUUGAGUGGACCUCUUCCUGAUAUAUUUGUCAAUGCGACAAAGCUACUAUCACUUGACGUUAGUCGCAACAAGUUGGAUGGAGUACUACCAAAAUCUUUGAUCCAUUGCAAAGCUAUGCAACUUUUGAAUGUGAGAAGCAACAAAAUCAAGGACAAGUUUCCUUCUUGGUUAGGAUCUCUACCGUCAUUACAUGUCCUCAUCCUACGAUCAAAUGAGUUUUAUGGGACGUUGUAUCAACCCCAUGCAUCCAUUGGGUUUCAAAGUUUAAGAGUCAUUGAUGUCUCACACAAUGACUUGAUUGGGACGUUACCGUCAUUCUAUUUUUCUAGUUGGCGUGAAAUGAGCAGAUUAACAGGAGAAGAUGGCGACUUUAGACUUUCUGAGGCUCCAUACAUGGGAAAAGUUUUGAAUGCUACUGCAUUCUUUGUUGAUUCAAUGGAAAUCGUGAACAAAGGAGUAGAGACGGAGUUUAAGCGGAUCAACGAAGAAAACAAAGUCAUAAACUUUUCUGGAAACAGAUUUUCUGGAAAUAUACCUGAAUCCAUUGGAUUGUUGAAAGAGUUACGUCAUCUCAACUUGUCAAGUAAUGCAUUCACAGGAAAUAUCCCACAAUCAUUGGCAAAUUUGAUGAAGCUUGAGGCGUUAGACUUAUCUCUGAAUCAGUUGUCUGGUCAAAUUCCUCAAGGACUUGGUAGUCUCUCGUUUAUGUCAACAAUGAACUUCUCUUACAACUUUCUUGAAGGUCCAGUGCCUAAAAGCACACAGUUCCAAGGUCAAAACUGUUCUGCAUUCAUGGAAAACCCCAAGCUCAAUGGUCUCGAGGAAAUAUGUAGAGAAACUGAUCGUGUCCCGAAUCCAAAACCACAAGAAUCAAAAGAUUUGUCUGAGCCGGAAGAACAUGUGAUUAACUGGAUAGCCGCGGGAAUAGCUUAUGGUCCUGGUGUCGUCUGUGGAUUGGUAAUUGGACAUAUAUUCCUUUCACACAAACACGAGUGUUGGUUCAUGGAAAAGUUUCGUCGAAAAAAGCCCAAAGUAGUCACCAGAAUUGCUCGUCCCUCUAAGCAUUAAUUUGUGACGUAUAUGUUUGUUGACUAGCGUAUAUUGUUUAUUACAACAGCUUGUAUAUUUUUAACUUAUAUUACAACAGCCAGCUUGUGUAAUCAAUUGUUCAAUUUUUUUUCUUUAUUCAACAAAAGAAUUCAUAUAUUGUUAUAUAUUACUGACUACAGAAGCUGAGAGAAGAAUAUGUUCU